AGGAACACUCAGGAGGGAAGAAGCAGCCUUUAUCAGAAGAUCUGACUGAUAACUUUCUUAUCCAGUUUUAAUUUGGCUUCUAUUCUUUGACAGCUCGCUGGAUGAGAUGCAUUGCCUGAGCAGAAAGCCCAGGUCAUAUCUGCUGAACUCCUACAGUGAUUUCCAGGAGACCGACGAGAUUGCCAGAGAAUCAUAUGAGGCCACCUGGUUAGACCUACUGAUGGAGACAAGACCAGAAUACAAGAGGACAUGUGUCGAGAAGGAUUCAGUGAGAAAGGAGAGCUAUGAAAGCAAGCAGGUGGUUCAUUUCACAGUCAGACGCUUCCUAAACCAAACCAUUCACAUGGGGAGAGAGGGGGAGCCACUGCAGCAAUAUAAUUUACCUUACAAAAACAUUCUUCCAAUACCAAUAUUUGUGCCCAGAGAUGUCACACAGCCUGACAUCACCCGGGAGCCCUCUCCCUCCGGAAUAAAAUCUGCCAUGGACUCUGAGACUAGUUUAAAUGGUCUUUGCCUUCAGAAGAGAGAGGUCUCGUCCAUCACCGAACAUAAGCGAAGGGUAAUCCAACCCAGGAGUCCAGACUUCAGAGCGUCCAGCCUCAUCUCUCCCCCACGAGACACACUCGGCUUCCAGCGACGAGAGUGAUGAGCUGAUGAAAGCUGCCAGCCAUCAUGGACACGGAUACAAUGACAAGUAUGGUGGGUGACCUCACUCACACUUAAAUACCAAAGCCUUCAAGAGACCUACGUGCUCACAAUUUCAGCUGAGUCUACCAGAGAAAUUGAAUUAAAGGAAGAUACCACAAAAAAGUAUUGUUAAGCAUAAAAUGAAUGUCAUGCUAUUUAACCAUAUGUUUUAUCAUUUGAAACAUUGUUGUUCUCUGUAUUUAUUUACAAUAAAUGCCACUUGGUGUGUUUUUUAACACAACAACAUUAUUCAUCAAAAUCAUCCUAAGCAAUGGUCUUAAACCUGAAUAUUUUAAAAGAAUUGAGUCCAAAUGAAAUUAGAUUUUUAAUUGUAACCUAUAUUUGAUUAUAAAGGAGCUGCUGAUGUAUUUCUCAGUAGGUUUAAAAUGAACUGCAGGGCAGACAUCUCUGAUGGACAAUCAUCAAUAUCUAUUCAAAACAUUUAGUUCUUGGAAAUAAAUGCUAUAAAUAAACUGUAAAUCUCAUUUAUAUGUAUUAAUGAAACUAUGGAAAACAAUAAAAACUUGAGUCGAUCAAA